AUGGGCUUCAAAUUCACCCUAUUGUGUGAUCUGCUGUCCAACCUGGACGACAGCAAAACGGCCAAGGCAUGCACGGCGGCCAGGAACGAUAAUCCAGACAUUAAAACAGUCGCCCUAUGGUUCUCUCGACAUGAGCGGACCAUCCAACAUGCUGAGACAGACCGUGUAGCGUUGCUUUCGUGCAUGUUCCCCGAAAAACGAACGGACCGAGUGUACUGGCUGCAAGCCUUGCAACUAUCAAGAGUCAUCGGCCGCUGCUUGGGUUUGGGAUCGUCGCGACUUUCCGAACUCAACCGAUGGCAAAGUCCUGGUGGUCCGGAUCUCGGAGGGUGUGUCGAAAUUGUCAUGCGGCAAGCCGAGAAUUACAUUCCGGCCGGCCAGGAGUUGUCGGUAGAAGAAAUCGAUCGCGCCAUGGUUAUGAUUGCCUCACGUUGCCGCUUCUCUGGCCCUAAUACCCGCCGGAAUCGUACAGUUGUGAACGUUGACGAAACCCUAUCAAAACUAUACCGUCGAACAAGUAGCCGUGAUGCCAAAUGGCUCACUCGCAUGAUUCUCAAAAGCUACUCCCCCGUUGUUUUUCCAACAAAUUAUACUCUGAAGAAAUUUCACUUUCUUCUACCACAACUGCUCCAACUUCAGAACUCCUUUGACGGGGCGUUGGAGAUGCUCGCUUCCGACCCAAUAAACCACUUCCCUCCAAACCCGGAUCCCGAAGCAGCCAGAAGUCUUGGCGCCAUUGCUCUACAACAUAUGCGCCCUCGUCCUGGUAUUAAGGUGGGCAGACCUGAUUAUUAUAAAGCCCGGAGUAUCAAACAUUGCCACCAAAUGGCCAACGGUCGUCGAAUGAGCAUUGAACGGAAAUACGAUGGUGAAUACUGUCAGAUCCACGUCGAUCUCUCUAACAAGUAUACACCCGUUCAGAUCUUCUCCAAAAGUGGCAAGGAUUCGACCGCAGAUAAAGAUAAGAUCAUACCUGUGAUAGAAGAAUCCCUUCGAACUGGAUUGCCUGAGUGCAAAUUUGCGCGCCGCUGUAUCGUUGAGGGAGAACUGCUUGUAUGGAAUGACCAGACUAGUGAACUGAUGGACUUCAACAAAAUCCGGAGGUUUAUACCACGAUCUGGCACCCUGCUUGGCGUUGAUAAUGAUUCUCCGCCGCAACCGUUCGAGCACUUGAUGAUCAUGUUCUUUGACAUUCUCCUCCUUGACGACGACGUAUGCCUUGCCAAACCUCAUCGGGAAAGAAGAUUACUUUUACAGAAAGUGGUGAAGACCAUCCCUGGCCGAGCGGAACUCGUCUAUCAGGAAGUUCUAGACUUCAACCGAAUUGAUAGCUAUCACCGACUCGAAAGGUCCUUUGAGAAAGCGAUUACUCAACGAUGGGAGGGGUAUGUCUUGAAAGCUUCUGACGAGCCUUAUUUUCCGAUGUACACCACUGGUGUGGAUCAUAUGUUUGGCCGAUGGAUCAAACUCAAGAAAGAUUAUAUACCUGGUCUUGGAGACACAUUAGAUCUGGCGUUGAUCGGAGGUAGCUACAAUGCGCGGGAUGCUCCUGAUCUGAGACAAAUCAAAAAGCUAAAAUGGACUCACUUUUACGUUGGCUGUCUUAUGAACAAGGAACGUGUCAAACAAGGCAAUUCUUCACCGCAUUUUCGAGUGAUUGAUGUGAUUCACCGACCCUGUAUGAGCAUUCAGACCAUGCAAACCCUCAAUCAAAUAGGCGAAUUCUAUGCGUGUGAAACUGAAUCAUUCGAAGGCUUUGCAGUUGAAUACGGGCACAGCAAUCUUCCCGUUGCAACCACAUUGUUCAAACAGCCGUUCGUCGUCGAGAUGCUGGGCAGUGGAUUUGAAAAGCCGUCUGGCUCGAGAUACUUCACACUUCGAUUUCCUCGGAUUUUGAAGAUACACUCGGACCGGACCCUAGAAGAAUGUACAUCUUUUCAGGAACUGGAGCUCGCCGCGGAGGAUGCCCGCGCUGUGCCUGCGGAUGAGGUGACAGAACGCGAGAGAUGGUCAAAACGCAUCAAGGCUGCGAAUGGACUUAAUCAGUACAUUGCGCGAUCUCCAAGUCCAGAAGCGACUUGCUCUGACACGGAUGAGGAGACGAAUUCCCCACCAUCCCAAGUUGCCCACGCUACUACUUCUUCUGAAGAAAGCUUGGUGGAUGCAUUUCCGUUGAUGGAAGAGCUGCGUGAAGAUUCAACAAGGAAGCACAACCUUCAGCGAUCAUACAAUGACCCUCCGUUGUUCCCUCUAGUCUACAUUGAUGAGCAAAUACUUCCCACUGAGGAUCAGAACCCUGUUCUUGAGACUAGUAUACUUGUGGAGAACGAGAACCUGUCGUCUCGUCAACACUCUAGCCAGAAAGAUGGAAAGAUUGCAUCGCAGGAAUCUUCGGACUUUUUAUAUCCCAUGCGGACAACCAGUUCCAUCUGCGCACACGAAAAGCACUCUCAAGAAUUGCAUGAGAUACAGGGACGGCGUCCGAGCAAGCUGUUGGUUUCCACAUCCAAACAAAAACGCAAGCUAUCACCCCAAUCUCCUUUAACAACUAUUCCCAUAUGGACGCCCGAAACCUCAUUAGGAAGCUUCACACUCCCCCAAAUCGAUAAACAGCCCAGCAAAGAUCGCGAAUCUUGUGAUUUGGUUGAAUUUAUUCAGUGUCUCUGCUCUGACGAAUCUGCUUCUUCCCUCCAACAAUCAAAUCCCCAUACCGCGUCACAGGGGACACGAUUUGGUAUUAUCCUGUUUGAUCCCAAAGCAACUCAGUUAGGCAAAGAAAUGCACCGUCUCGCCACAACCCUUUCCAGUUUCGUCCAUACUGCAACAAGAUCGCUCCCCUCGAUGGGAAGUAUAUUCUUUUUGGGCUCGAGCAUGUUGGAACUUGAUCUAAGGCCCAGCGACCUUCGUUUCUGCCUGCGUGAUACGUGGACAGUCAUUGGACGUGAUCAUUUCUAUGGCUGUCUCUCAUGGGAUCUCAGCAAGCGAUCUGAUGGUUUAUCCAGUGGAAGAGAGAAGCUCUGCUCUGAAUCGAGUCAAUAUUGUUCUAACAUGACAAAUGAGAGACCAGAGUCGCACUCUAGACCAAAUACCCCAUGGAUUGAGAUGAGCUUUGAUCAAACAGCCAUCGCUGUGUUGGGCGAGUAUAUGUCGAUCGAACCACUAGCUCAUGUUUUAUAUAAUUGA